AUUACCACGUGGAAAUCUAUGGGUGAUUUACUAAAUAAGGUAAGACCACGAAUCCCUCCCUGUAUUUUUCCCUUGUUGCUUUAGAAUCAGAGGACCCUGAUGAACACUCCCCACUCGUGACAACUUCCUAAAUUAUAUUUGCUCACUUAAAGGAAAAUAUAUUUCAAAAGCAUAUAAAGUGAUUAGCCCUCACCUUAAUUAUUGAUUGAUUUGUGUUAAUCAUCCACAGUAGUUUGACAGAAUAUUAGAACUAGUUAAUCAUCAGAUUCAUCUUAUAGGUACUUCUCAAAUUUCAGUAUGCCCAUCACUUUCUGGGGGAUCAUGCUAAAAUGCAGAUUCUGGCUCCAUAGGUCUGGGAUGAGGUCACUGCAGCUCAUCAAUGGCCCAUAAUUUGAACAGGAAAGGUGUAGAUAAUUAUUACUCUUACAUUAGUUGGUAAGGUAGAUUUUCCUCAUUCUUCAUGUUGAGGUUCAGUGUCUUACCUCCACAUCAGUGUCAUGAACUCUUAAGAUACAGUCAGAAACCAUCGAUAACCACAUACCUUCGGGCGGUCUGCUCUGUAAAAACAAGGACAAACUUCUUACCACUCUGCUCUCUUUUGACACAUACGAAAAUGUCAACACAAGACUGUUGUAUCUACAGAUGAUGAAAUUGUCCCUACAAAUGGGAAGAUGAUGUAAAAGGUAAAGCCUAUCAUAGUGAAUGGAAAUUGGGUAAAGAUGUUAUUGGAAACAAACCUUUAGCUUGUCACCUCCAGAUUGAUUCCCUAUACCUUUAAUAUCAGGAAGAGUUUAAGCAACUCUUAGAAAGAGCUAUGACAUUUCAGAUCUUUCACUGUAUGUUGCAGACGAAUUUUCUUAGCUUUACUAAUUACGAAACAGCUCUUAAGAGGUCAGUAUUUGUCCUCAUUCAUAAAAGCAGCUGCCUUAGUAACCUAAUUUUUCUUUUUAUACUGCAUCUUAUGUCAACAUUAUAUUCUUGCAGCACUUUUGAACAAACCAAAUUAAGUAUUUUCCUGUGGAAGAGCAUCUUUAAAUUAUAAAACUGUUUCCCAUGUGAAAAAAAAAAUCUUCAAAUGAUGCUUAACAAGCUAACACAAAUGCUAUUUACAUUUUCAAUUAGGUUCAAGUGGUACCUUUGUGAGCUCACUGAGGUACAUUUCAGGCACUUUUGUGCCUAUAAAAGUGUUUGUUUCUAGCCUCAUAUCUCUAGUUAAUUGUUUUAGGCAGCAACUUACAUGAGACACCUCCAUAGUUGUCUUUUCUCUAAGGCGACUUAUCACAUAAAAGAAUUUAUGAUUCCCAUAUCUGCAUUAAUUAUAUUUUUUAAUUAAAAAAAUAAACUGCCAUCUUUUUCGUAGUGGUAAAAGAGCACUUGAACUAGUUUGCUUUAUUACAUUUUUUUAAUGUAGCUGAGAUGAACAGUAUUAUGAAUGGCUUCUUGGUCCAUUGUCAGCAUUUCAACAGAGAACAAGGCGGUUAUAUUUUUGUUUUUGCCUUGUUAUGUUUUAAAAUCUACAUUCAACUGUAUUCAUUGUACUUAGGAUGGUUGCAGCAUUGAGUAUUACCUAUUUUAAUCAACAGGCUGGAAUCUUUAGCAUGUAUGUGUGUGAAGAAGGCUUUGCCACUGGUGGGCGAGAUGGGUGUAUACGACUAUGGGACACUGAUUUCAAAUCAAUAACCAAAAUUGAUCUCAGGGAGACAGAACAAGGAUAUAAAGGCUGUGGAGCCUGGCCGAUCAUGCCUUGAUUGCCCGCUGUAACAUGGAGGAGGCGGUUCGCAGUGUAGAUUUCAGCCCCGACGGAUCUCAGCUGGCCCUGGGCAUGAAGGAUGGCUCUUUCAUUGUUCUCCGAGUCAGAGAUAUGACGGAAGUAGUUCACAUCAAAGAUCGAAAAGAAGUCAUUCAUGAAAUGAAAUUUUCUCCAGAUGGUUCUUACCUUGCAGUGGGAUCCAAUGAUGGCCCAGUAGAUGUCUAUGCUGUUGCCCAGAGGUAUAAGAAAAUUGGAGAAUGCAACAGGUCCCUUAGCUUCAUCACGCACAUUGACUGGUCCUUGGAUAGUAAAUACUUACAAACUAAUGACGGUGCAGGAGAACGAUUGUUCUACAAAAUGCCAUCUGGGAAGCCUUUAACAAGUAAAGAAGAAAUUAAAGGGAUUCCUUGGGCUUCCUGGACAUGUGUGAAAGGCCCUGAAGUGAGUGGAAUUUGGCCCAAAUACACUGAGGUUACUGAUGUCAACUCAGUGGAUGCAAAUUACAGCAGCUCAGUGCUGGUGUCUGGAGAUGAUUUUGGACUGGUUAAAUUGUUUAAAUUUCCUUGUCUCAAGAGAGGUGCCAGAUUUAGAAAGUACGUGGGCCAUUCUGCACAUGUCACAAAUGUCCGCUGGUCCCAUGACUUCCAGUGGGUGCUGAGCACAGGAGGGGCUGAUCACUCGGUUUUCCAGUGGAGGUUUAUUCCAGAAGGUGUCAGCAAUGGCAUGCUGGAAACUGCACCCCAAGAAGGUGGAGCUGAUUCUUAUAGUGAAGAAUCUGAUUCAGAUUUAUCUGAUGUGCCCGAAUUGGACUCUGAUAUUGAGCAAGAAACUCAAAUCAAUUAUGAUCGCCAGGUUUACAAAGAAGAUCUACCUCAGCUAAAGCAACAAAGUAAAGAGAAAAACCACAUAGUGCCCUUCCUCAAACGAGAAAAGGCUCCCGAGGACAGCUUGAAACUCCAGUUCAUACACGGUUAUAGAGGCUACGACUGUAGAAACAAUCUGUUCUACACACAAGCUGGAGAAGUAGUCUACCACAUUGCUGCAGUUGCUGUCGUGUAUAACCGGCAGCAGCAUUCCCAGAGGCUGUACCUGGGGCACGAUGAUGACAUUCUCAGCCUGACCAUCCAUCCAGUGAAGGACUAUGUGGCCACUGGGCAGGUUGGAAGAGAUGCUGCUAUUCAUGUGUGGGACACACAAACUCUAAAAUGUUUGUCACUAUUGAAAGGCCAACAUCAGAGAGGUGUGUGUGCACUUGAUUUUUCAGCUGAUGGAAAAUGUCUGGUGUCGGUUGGUUUAGACGAUUUUCACAGUAUUGUAUUUUGGGACUGGAAAAAGGGAGAAAAGAUAGCCACAACAAGAGGACAUAAAGAUAAGAUAUUUGUGGUAAAGUGUAACCCACACCACGUCGACAAACUGGUUACCGUUGGGAUAAAGCACAUCAAAUUCUGGCAACAAGCAGGUGGGGGCUUCACUUCUAAAAGAGGAACUUUUGGAAGUGUUGGAAAAUUGGAAACAAUGAUGUGUGUUUCUUAUGGGCGAAUGGAAGAUUUAGUGUUCUCAGGAGCAGCUACUGGAGAUAUUUUCAUUUGGAGAGACAUUCUGCUACUGAAGACGGUGAAAGCUCAUGAUGGGCCUGUGUUUGCUAUGUAUGCGUUGGAUAAGGGCUUUGUAACAGGUGGAAAGGACGGCAUUGUGGAGCUCUGGGACGAUAUGUUUGAAAGAUGCUUGAAGACAUAUGCCAUUAAAAGAUCAGCGUUGUCAACUAGCUCAAAAGGCUUGCUUUUGGAAGAUAACCCUUCAAUUCGUGCCAUCACUUUGGGACAUGGACAUAUCCUGGUGGGAACAAAAAAUGGAGAGAUCCUGGAAAUUGAUAAGAGUGGCCCAAUGACUCUGCUUGUUCAGGGGCACAUGGAAGGAGAAGUGUGGGGGUUGGCAGCUCACCCUCUCCUGCCCAUCUGUGCAACAGUGAGUGAUGAUAAAACACUCCGCAUCUGGGAACUGUCCGCCCAGCACCGUAUGCUGGCAGUACGGAAACUCAAAAAAGGUGGAAGAUGCUGUGCCUUUUCCCCUGAUGGGAAAGCCUUAGCAGUUGGCUUGAAUGAUGGGAGUUUCCUGGUUGUAAAUGCUGACACUGUUGAAGACAUGGUCUCUUUCCAUCACAGAAAAGAAAUGAUCUCUGAUAUUAAGUUUUCAAAAGAUACAGGAAAAUACCUUGCCGUGGCAUCCCAUGAUAACUUUGUGGAUAUUUACAACGUACUUACAAGCAAAAGGGUUGGCAUCUGUAAAGGUGCUUCUAGUUAUAUUACACACAUUGACUGGGACUCUAGAGGAAAAUUAUUGCAAGUUAAUUCAGGUGCCAAAGAACAACUAUUUUUUGAAGCUCCAAGAGGCAAACGGCAUAUAAUAAGACCUUCAGAGAUUGAGAAGAUAGAGUGGGACACAUGGACCUGUGUUCUGGGGCCCACCUGUGAGGGAAUCUGGCCAGCACAUAGCGAUAUAACUGAUGUAAAUGCUGCCAGUCUUACCAAAGACUGUUCCCUCUUAGCCACUGGAGACGAUUUUGGUUUUGUUAAGCUGUUUUCAUACCCUGUCAAGGGACAGCACGCCAGAUUCAAGAAGUACGUGGGGCACAGUGCGCAUGUCACCAACGUGAGGUGGCUGCACAAUGACUCUGUGCUGCUUACGGUGGGCGGCGCCGACACAGCCCUGAUGAUCUGGACUAGGGAGUUUGUGGGGACCCAGGAGAGCAAGCUGGUGGACAGCGAGGAGUCAGACACUGACGUGGAAGAGGAUGGAGGCUAUGACAGCGAUGUUGCUAGAGAAAAGGCCAUUGACUACACCACCAAGAUCUAUGCUGUGAGCAUCAGGGAAAUGGAAGGCACCAAGCCACACCAACAACUGAAGGAAGUUUCCAUGGAAGAAAGGCAGGGAAUUGUCAAGGGAUCAAGGCCACCCGUUAGCCGAGCAGCUCCCCAGCCUGAGAAACUGCAGAAGAAUAAUAUCACCAAGAAAAAGAAACUGGUUGAGGAGCUGGCUCUAGACCACGUGUUUGGCUACAGAGGAUUCGACUGUCGCAAUAACCUGCAUUACCUUAAUGAUGGUGCCGACAUCAUCUUCCACACUGCGGCGGCUGGCAUUGUUCAGAACCUCUCCACAGGGAGCCAGAGCUUCUAUCUGGAGCACACAGACGACAUCCUCUGUCUCACAGUGAACCAGCACCCCAAGUACAGAAACGUGGUGGCCACCAGCCAGAUAGGUGAUAUUACGGAAACCCCAGGAACAACACCUUCCAUCCACAUAUGGGACGCCAUGACCAAACACACCCUCUCCAUGCUGCGGUGCUUCCACUCCAAGGGGGUGAAUUACGUCAACUUCAGUGCAACCGGAAAGCUCCUGGUGUCGGUGGGAGUGGACCCUGAGCACACCAUCACCGUCUGGCGAUGGCAGGAAGGUGCCAAGGUUGCCAGCCGAGGGGGUCACCUGGAGCGCAUAUUUGUGGUGGAAUUUCGCCCCGACUCAGACACGCAGUUUGUAUCUGUCGGAGUUAAACAUAUGAAGUUCUGGACCCUGGCAGGCAGCGCCUUGCUUUACAAGAAAGGAGUCAUCGGGUCCCUGGGAGCUGCCAAAAUGCAGACAAUGCUCUCCGUGGCCUUCGGUGCUAACAACCUCACUUUCACGGGUGCCAUCAAUGGAGACGUCUACGUCUGGAAGGACCACUUCCUCAUUCGGCUGGUGGCCAAGGCUCACACAGGCCCCGUGUUCACAAUGUACACGACCCUUCGGGAUGGACUCAUAGUGACCGGCGGAAAAGAGCGGCCGACCAAAGAAGGAGGUGCUGUAAAAUUGUGGGACCAGGAGAUGAAGCGCUGCCGGGCCUUUCAGCUGGAGACGGGACAGCUGGUAGAGUGUGUGCGCUCCGUGUGCCGUGGAAAAGGAAAAAUCUUAGUGGGAACCAAAGAUGGAGAAAUAAUUGAAGUUGGUGAAAAAAAUGCUGCUUCUAACAUCCUGAUUGAUGGUCACAUGGAAGGGGAGAUCUGGGGCCUGGCCACUCACCCUUCCAAAGACCUCUUCAUCUCUGCCAGCAACGAUGGCACAGCCCGGAUCUGGGACCUGGCUGACAAGAAGCUGUUAAACAAGGUGAGCCUGGGCCACGCGGCCAGGUGUGCAGCCUACAGCCCUGAUGGGGAGAUGGUGGCCAUUGGCAUGAAGAAUGGAGAGUUUGUCAUCUUGUUGGUGAACAGCCUGAAAGUUUGGGGGAAAAAACGAGACCGGAAAUCUGCUAUCCAAGAUAUCAGAAUCAGCCCAGACAACCGAUUCUUAGCUGUUGGUUCUUCUGAACACACAGUUGACUUCUAUGACCUCACUCAGGGCACAAAUCUGAACCGCAUUGGCUACUGCAAAGAUAUCCCAAGCUUUGUCAUUCAGAUGGAUUUUUCUGCGGAUGGCAAAUACAUUCAGGUGUCAACAGGAGCCUAUAAGCGCCAGGUGCAUGAGGUCCCCUUGGGGAAGCAGGUAACGGAAGCCAUGGUCAUUGAGAAGAUCACCUGGGCCUCCUGGACAAGCGUCCUGGGAGAUGAAGUCAUUGGAAUCUGGCCACGAAAUGCAGACAAGGCUGAUGUCAACUGUGCAUGUGUGACCCACGCUGGCCUGAACAUUGUCACAGGAGAUGACUUUGGGCUUGUGAAGCUCUUUGAUUUUCCAUGCACAGAAAAAUUUGCCAAACAUAAGCGAUACUUUGGUCACUCGGCUCACGUGACGAACAUCCGUUUCUCUUACGAUGACAAGUAUGUGGUCAGCACUGGAGGAGACGACUGCAGUGUAUUUGUGUGGCGGUGUCUGUAAAUGCCAGAAGCCUCUUACGUUACUGCUGCUGCUGCUGCUGCUACCCGCCAGCAACUGCAGAGUCCGUGCUGAGUGCCUCCUUGCCACCAGCCGUUGGGAAAUGCCUACCAUGCUGCCCUGGACACACAAGCCCAAAACACUAUGGAAGUUCCAAGACUGCACCCAUAAUUCGGACUCUCCACAACUGCGAUGCCAUGAAGGAAGGUCAAGUUGUAGAAUGUUAAGACUGCUUGCCUCUGUUCCUGAGACUAAUCACUAUACAUACUAACUACUUUGACAAAUCCUAUCUGAUAAUGUAGCCCGCUGACAAAUUUUGAAGCCUCAGUUACCCUAACCAAUAUGUAGCUUUUAAUUUGCAUCAAAACUUUUACAAAAAUGUUUUGCUAUUGUUUCUAUAUACUUCAAGAAUGUUCAUUUUUACAAAUCAGUUGAACAAGACAGCCUAAGUUAGAUGCACCGAAGUACUAGAAAUAUCGCUAGCCUCUGUUCUCCAAUUUAGCUUUCAAAACCAAAUGAGCCAUGUAUAGAGAAGUUAAGAAACUUAAUUUUUUAAUGUUUCAUUUGCAGAGUUUUAUAUCCAUUAAGUGCCUUUGAGAGUUUCCAGUUGCGUGGGCUGCUGUCUCACUUCCCACCAAUUUCUCCUUUCUCCAUAUGGUGCUAAAACUUCAAAGCUGAAGAGGGCUGCAGGAUCCUUAGCAGAUUCAGUGUGUCACCUUUGUCCUGUGUUCAUGCCAAGGCUUCCUAAAUGAAAGACAUCAGUCACCUGCUUAUAGGAAGGUGAGCAGCAAAGGAAUUGAAGUUUGGGGCGGGGUAGAAUGGGUUUUCAUUGUGUUUCGUGCCAAACCCACAAAAUCCAAAAUAGAAUUCAAAUUAAACAAACUUCUAUAAAAUGGAAGGGGAAAAAGGCUCAGGUAGAUCCAGGAGAAUGAGCUGACUUAUCUUGUUAAAUCUUAAGCUAAAUAAGAUAACCCAAGGCUGCACCUUGGUGUACCACACUGAGUGGAGUAGAGGUGACUCCACUGAUUGCUUCAGGCGAACUAGACAGGUCAAGUCCAGAUUAUAAAAAAAUUCUCCGUAAACAAAUUGUAAAUCCAAGGAAUAGCUGGUAAAUCGAAACUAUAAAGUGAGUUAGAAUUCCUCGGAGUUGGUUGUAUGGUAGAAUAUGACUUGGACAAUCUUUACCAGGAGCCAUCCAAAAGCCCCCUCUGUCAUACUUUCCAUGUAGCUGACCAGUGACUACAGUAGUUGGCUGACAGUGCUCACUGAAAGGAGUUGGUGAGGGACCGGUAGGUCUGACCACAUGGAUGCCUAUUCGUCCUUCCAGUCAGUGAACUAAAAUUCUAGAUCUAUUGUUACUGGCUACUUGUAUUUGUCAGUUUAGAGAAAAGGUAAAAUGAAGCAUUUUUGACUAACAUUUACCACAGAAGUGCUUCAGCAUUCUAAAUGGAUUAGAUCACUCAUUAAGCUAUUUUUAUAUGCCAAUUUACUAAUGCCUUACAUCAAUCCACUAAUAGAUUGUUGGGCCAACAGUAGAGUCCCUAUGCAGUCCCAAUUCUGUUUUCUGUAACCAUGUGACUGGUAAUGCUGAGUGAUAACCAUGUCUGCCUAUACUGUACUAGACUCUUCAUACUGAUCGGAUCUUGCAUUGAAAUAACCAUGUGGAAGAACAAUGAAUUGAUUAACAACAUGUACAUCCGUAUUUAAAGAGCAAUAGUGUCCGUGUGUCAUGAACUUAUUUGUAAAUGUUUAUAUGGUAUGAUUUUAUGUAGGUUCAUAAAUCCUGCACUGUAUGAUAUGUGUUAAAAUAUUGGUGCAUGAAUUUAUUUUCAAAGUAUAAAACACAUCAUCACUUAAAAACAUUUUAUGUGUCAAAUAAAUUUGAUUACAUAAACAUA